GUCUUCAAUUCGCCGCACGAGUAAUGUUAGUGUUGAACUUUCUACAUUUACGCCAAUGGGUGAUACGAAAGCAGAAGAUACGAGUACUCCUAGAAGGUCUUCAAUUCGCAGCACAAGUAAUGAUAGUGUUGAACACUCUUCAGUGACGCCAAUGGAUGAUGAGAAAGAAGAAGACACAGGUAAACCUAGGUCUUCAAUUCGCCGCACGAGUAAUGCUAGUGUUGAACUUUCUACAGUUACGCCAAUGGAUGAUCAGAAAACAGAAGACACGAGCACACCUAAGUCUUCAAUUAGCCGCACAAGUAAUGCUAGUGAGGAACCUUGUACAGAUACGCCAGUGGGUGGUCAGACACCAGAAAAGUCACUAAUUGAGUCAAAUGAGAUAUCAGAAGACAACCCAUUCAACACACUGAUGGACACAAGUUCAUCUGGGAGCGACAGGACGGGAGCAGCCUUCAAAGAAGAUACUGCUCCUAUAAACACAUCACCAACGCAACCAACGUCUUCAAUUCGCCGCACAAGUCAUGCCAGUGUUGAACCUUGUACAGAUACGCCAGUGGGUGGUCAGAAAGACGAAAUAUUACUAAUUAAGUCAUAUGAGAUGUCAGAAGACAACCCAUUCAACACAUUGAUGGACACAAGUACAUCUUGGGGCGACAGGACUGGAACAACCUUCAAAGAAGAUAUUGCUCCCGUAAACACAUCACCAACACAACCAAAGUCUUCAAUUCGCCGCACAAGUCAUGCCAGUAUGGAACCUUCUACAGCUACACCAAUGGGUGAUCAGAAAGCUGAUAUGUCUCUAAUUGAGUCAAAUGAGUUAUCAGAAGACAACCCAUUCAAGACAUUCGUGAACACACGUACAUCUAUGAGCGACAGGACUGGAACAGCCUUCAAAGAAGAUACUGCUCCUAUAAACACAUCACCAGCUCAACCAACGUCUUCAAUUCGCCGCAGAAGUAAUGCCAAUAUUGAACCUUCUACAGUUACGCCAAUGGGUGGUCAGAAAGCAGAAAUGUCACUAAAUGAGUCAAAUGAGUUAUCAGACGACAACCCAUUCAACUCAUUGGUGAACACAAGCACAUCUACGUAAGACAAGACAAUAAGAUUGAAAUGUCGUGAACAAAA